AUGCCACGUAAGCUACGUAAGAAUAUACGUAAGAGGAAGAGAGCAUUGAAACAAGAUGUUAUAAAUUUGAAAAACCAUACUACUCAAUAUAAAGUACUGAAAGAUGAAGAAAUAAAACAAAAAGCCCUGAAGACAUAUAUGGAUAGCGAUGAGUAUAAAAAAGAAGUUGAAGCAAAUGUAAAGGCAGAAAAACUUUUACAGUUGCAAAACCAAACCGUACAGUAUGAAAACUUAGCACAAGAAAGUAAAAAUAACGACGCAGCCAUGCAAAAGGCAAUGAAAAGCUCAGAAUAUAUAAAAGCUAAUAAUGACUGGUUAGAUGCCCAAGCCAACGCUAAAGCAGCCCAACUUAUAGGGUCAAUAAGGACAAAAAUACAAGCGGAUGAAGACAGUUCAAAUGAAGCUUUAAUGAAUGCUGACUUUAAGAACGCCUUCGAAGCUCUUCAUAGUAAGGUGAAACUAGUGAACGACUUCUCAUCUGGAAAGAAACUGAAGUCUGAAGGUUUCGACAACGAGUUAAGAGAAGUAGCACAAAAUAUGACGAAAAUAACAGAUGCAGCAACGAGACAGGCAGUUCAAAGUGCCUAUGACGCCGUUAGAGCAACUGUUGUGGAAAGUCAAGAAAAAGAGUUACAACAGACCAAAACAGACCUAGUAAAUGCUUUCUUAAAAACGAAAAGUCAGGUAGGACAUUAUGCUGCAGAUGGAACAUAUGUGCCAGCUGGUGGAACUUAUAUACCAGCUGGUGGAACUUAUAUACUAGCUAGUGGAACUUAUAUACCACCAAACCCUCCAAGAGAAGCACCUGCACCAGGACUACCUAAAACAUUUACAUCGUCACAUGAACACAGACACAGGCAUGCAC